AUGUCUCUUCCUACUGAAAUCCAUAUGCACGCACCCACCUCGGUUGCUCGCAAUCCGCCUAACACUCGCUCCCAACGACAACAACACCCCCUACACCUUGUCCCUGUACCAGAGGAAUAUGUUCGCUUCUCUCAACCUGUCAUAAGAGAAGAAUCAUUCUAUGAUGGUAGGGAGAAUCCUGUCAGG